CCAGGGUCAGUUUGUCGCUGCGUGAUUUCUACUGUAGCGCUGCAGCCGCAGUGAGCGCGGAUACAACGUUCUGCAGGACUUCGUUAGAAGUCAGUGCAUCUAGACCAGGUGGGUGGACGAGGCAGGAAAACUAAAAGGAAAAAAGCACCGUGAUCCGGUUCAGAAUCAGACAAACGCUCGGUCCCUUGAACUCCUGGUGUGAUGCAUUCACUGUCUCAGGAGAUCCAAAGCUUCUCCAAAGACCGCCUGAAGAAGAAGUGCACCCUCGUUACCACGGUGACCGGCAGGAGGCUGCUGGAGAGGAGGGGUGAUGGAGGAGAGGGAGAGGAGCAGGUCGAGGAGCUGGAGGAGGACGGCGGAUGUGGGUUUGUUGAAGAUAAAAGUCUGGACCUUCAAGUUGGCGUCGUCAGACCCUUCCUACUGCUGGCCUCUCAGGAUGCAGCCCACGACGCCGACACCCUGCAGAGACAUAAGGUGUCUCAUGUGUUAAAUGUGGCGUACGGAGUCGCCAACCUGUUCCCAGAUCAGUACGUCUACAAGGCGCUCCCGAUCCUGGACCUGCCGGACACGGACAUCACCGCGUACCUGGGGGAGUGCAGCUCCUUCGUGGACCGGGCCCGAGAAAAGGGCGGUGUGGUCCUGGUCCACUGCAACGCCGGCGUGUCGCGCUCCACCUCCAUCGUGAUUGGCUACCUGAUGAUGAGGGAGGGGCUCACGUUUGACGAGGCCUACGGUCAGGCGAAGGCGGCCCGGCCCUCGAUUCGCCCGAACCCCGGCUUCCACCAGCAGCUGCGGGGCUACGAACCGUGAAGUUGCGUUCGUCAUUAUUAUUUUUUUUUAACCCGCCUUGAUACGACAUGAUGAUUAUUAGUCGGGUUACAGUUGAUUGUACAGAAGGAGCUUCAUCAGUGCAGCUGAAAGGAACCAGACAAAUGCUCUUUAAGCCUUAAAAGAUUUGUCCUGUUUUCUCUUUGCAUUGUAAAAAAUGUCUCACUGAAUGUUGUUUCGAAAGACAGAAAUAAUGUGAUAACAUAUCAGCAAAAAAACUCAAGUUGGUACCCAUGUGUUGAGUGUGUCUCUGGGAAAAACUGUGUCUGCCUUUAAUUCAGUACAGUAACAAAAAUAGAUUUCCUAUUACAUUUGCUCAUUUCGGAGGCACUUGUUUUCUUUUGUGUUAUGGAUUGCGUUCUAAUUACAUACGUACAACCUUUUC